AUGGCGGCGCGGGAGCUGCCCGUGGAGCGCAAGACGGUCAAGGCGAUGGCCCUCCUGACUAUGAAGCGGACGCACGACAUGUUCGCCCAGAACCACGGCGAGCAGCUGCCCCUGAGCGAAUCCAGUCAACGAGCCAAGAUAGCAUGCAAGCUUAGGGACGAAUACGCUGCUGUCAAAGACUUGCCAACAAAGGACAAACGUGGGCCCACGCUUCCACCAGCUGGGCCUCAAGCUAUGCCCAACCAAGGGGCACAAGAAGGCAUCGGAUCCAGAAAUGCGGAUACCGCACCGAGGGACCCAAAACUGGAGUCCAAGAGUGCCGUGGCAAAACUCAUAGACACGAUGCCAAAGCCAGCAGACAGGGCUGCUGAGACGGGAAAAGACAAGCAACUGGUGUCAUUCACAAACCGGACACUGACAGUCCCUGUUGAGAGCAAGAAAGCAGAGAUGACAAGUGCAGCGGUGUCUCGCCGUCUGGCGUCGAAGUGGCCCAAGCCAGUGUGGCAUGCCCCGUGGAAAAACUACAGGGUCAUCUCAAGCCACCUGGGGUGGGUCCGGUCGAUCGCCUUUGACCCCAGCAAUGAGUGGUUUACAACAGGGUCCUCAGAUCGCACGAUCAAAAUUUGGGAGACGGCGACUGGAAAGCUGAAAUUGACCUUGACUGGGCACAUAGAGCAGGUGACAGGGUUGGCAGUCAGCCCAAGGCAUCCCUACAUGUUCUCUUGUGGCUUGGACAAGAAGGUCAUGUGCUGGGAUCUGGAGUACAAUAAGGUGAUAAGGAACUACCAUGGCCAUCUGUCUGGGGUGUACUCACUGGCACUGCAUCCUGCACUGGACAUCCUGAUGUCAGGCGGACGGGACUCAGUUUGCAGGGUGUGGGACAUGCGGACGAAGCUGCAGAUAUUUUGCCUGACUGGACAUGACAACACAGUGUGCUCGAUCCUGUCGCAAGCAACAGACCCGCAGGUUAUCACGGGCAGCCAUGAUUGCAGCAUCAGGCUAUGGGAUCUGCGCGGCAACACCACAAUGUCGACACUGACAUACCACAAGAAGUCAGUGCGGGCCAUGACACUGCACCCGCACGAGCAUGCCUUUGCCUCCGCCUCUGCGGACAACAUCAAGAAGUUCAGACUACCGAAUGGCGAUUUUCUGCACAAUAUGCUGCAGCAGCAACGCACCAUCGUCAAUGCGGCUGCUGUUAAUGAGGAUGGCGUGAUGGUGACGGGAGGAGACAAUGGUUCAUUGUGGUUCUGGGACUGGACGAGUGGCAACAGCUUCCAACGGGAGAACGUCAUCGUCCAGCCAGGGUCCCUGGAGAGCGAGGCGGGCGUCUUCGCGAUGUCCUUCGACGCCACGGGCUCCCGGCUCGUCACCUGCGAGGCGGACAAGACCAUCAAAAUGUGGAAAGAGGACACCGAGGCCACCCCAGAGACGCACCCCGUGGCCUUCAGGCCGCCCAGGGACUUCAAACGCUACUGA